AAAGAUUAAUUAAACAACUCAGAUCUUCUCCUCUAGAAACAGAACAAACAGAGUAGUCUAUAAAUGUAAUUCUGUUCUCUUCUUAUUUAUGACAAAGGAAGGUAACCCAUGUGAUCAAAUCCCACUUGUCUUUAUUUUUUUCUCCAUAUCCAAACAACUAAGGCCACUUGGGAGAGAGAAAGUGUGUUUCUUCCCUCUCACCUGCUUGCAUUUACUAGCUAUGGCUGGACAGGUACUCUUUCUCUAAUUCCUGUUCCAAAAAAUACAAAAAGACUUCAACUUUAAGGGUUUGUUUGCCUAAAUUGAGAUUACCCUUUAGAUUUUCCUUUAAUAACUUCUAGUGGGUUCUUUUUUUAUGAUCAAAUUCCCCAAAAUUUGAGUGAUUUUGUUUUGUUCUUGAUACAUAAUUCGAUCCAUUCUUCACGUGUUUGUGAGUUUUGUCUUGAUCCUAUAUUAAAGACUUAAACUUUGUGGGUUGAAUUGUGAAUUUCCUGAUAAAAUUGUGAAAUUUUUAGGUAAUUCAAUCAUUUUGGCUUAGUAAAUGGUGUUUGGGUGUUUAUGAUUUGGAGCUUAGUAGAUUAUCUUAGUUUAAAAUUCUUGAUUUUUGUGUACUAAUUUUGUUUAUUAGUCAUACUUAUAUAUGAGGAAGUGGGGUUUCUUUCACUUGAAAUGUUUAUUAUUUUUGCUCUUUCUUCUUGCAUUAUCUCAAUCCUGUAAUGCUAGCAUUCAAAAAACUAGCAGAUUACCUUUAGGGUUUCAAGCAUCUCAAAUGAGUUUUAUUGAUAAUAAUGGUUAUUUUCUCCUAUCAAAUGAUUCCACCUUUACAUUUGGGUUCAAAACUACUGAUGAUGUCACCUUGUUCCUACUAGUGAUCGUUCACCUAGAGAGCUCUACAGUUGUGUGGACUGCUAAUAGAGGUUCCCCAGUAGGAAAAUCUGAUAAUUUUGUUUUUGGUGAUGAUGGUAGUGUGUCUCUCCUAAGCGGAGAGAAGGCGGUUUGGAAGGCGGAUACUGGUGGGAAACCGGUUUCUGCAAUCGAAUUGCAGGAUUCUGGUAACUUGGUGUUGUAUGGAAGUGACAAUGUUACUGUAGUUUGGGAGAGUUUUAAGCAUCCUACUGAUACCCUUCUUUCGAAUCAGGAAUUCGUACAAGGGAUGCAGCUUUCGAGUGAUCCUAGUAAGGGUAACUUGACAUAUGUGCUUGAGAUUAAGUCAGGUGAUGUGAUUCUUAGUUCUGGUUACAAGACACCCCAGACUUAUUGGUCUAUCAAAAAGGAUCCUAGAAAGACCAUCAAUAAGAAUGGUGGGGUGAUUAGUUUAGCGAAGAUUGAGUCGAAUUCAUGGAAGUUUUAUGAUGAUAGUAAGGUCAUGCUAUGCCAAUAUGUAUUCACUCGUGAUUCUAAUGCCAUGAAUUCCACUUGGAUUGCUGUCUUAGAGAGUGAUGGGACUUUGGCCUUCAAUAGCAUUGGAAGUGGUACGUCAAAGGUUGAUCCACAAAUGAGAAUACCAAGUGAUCCAUGUGGAGCACCUGAGCCUUGUGAUGCGUAUACGUCAUGUUCUCCUUCUAGCUCUAACAAUCGAUGCCAGUGUCCUGCAGGACUAGCCUCACGGGCUUGUAGAUCCGGCAUCACUGCUCCAUGUGGGGAGGGAAAUGACAGUGUGCAGCUGGUCAAUCCCGGGGAUGAACUCAGUUACUUUGCUCUCCCGUUUGCUCAGCCAUCUGUGAAAACUGAUUUGGAUGGCUGCAAGGCCUCAUGUGUUGGCAAUUGCUCGUGUCUUGGUUUGUUCUUUGAUAACAGCUCAAGCAACUGCUUUAUGUUUGAUAGGAUCGGAAGUUUCAUCUCCGAUCCCACCUCGAAAUACUCGGUCUAUGUUAAAGUUUCUACAAUUGAAGAAGUUGGAGAAGGGAGUGGUCGAAGGAAAGAUAAGCACUUAGCAAUUGUCAUCACGAUAGUAAUCCUGACUGUACUGAUUGUUCUCAGUAUGGUUUAUGUAGGAUACAGGUAUUACAUGAGAAAGAAGGAAGUUCCUGGAUCCCCUCAGGCAACGUCGGAAGAGGAUAAUUUCCUCGAGUCUUUAUCGGGGAUGCCGGUCAGAUUUAGCUACCAAUCUCUUCAAGAUGCAACCAACAACUUCAUUGUGAAGCUUGGGCAAGGAGGAUUUGGGUCAGUUUACAAAGGAAAGCUUCCGGAUGGAACUCCGCUUGCUGUGAAGAAGCUCGAAGGGGUUGGUCAGGGGAAAAAGGAGUUCCGAGCUGAAGUUAGCAUCAUAGGAAGCAUCCACCACAUUCAUUUGGUCAGACUAAGAGGGUUCUGUACUGAAGGGAGCCACCGACUUCUAGCUUAUGAGUUCAUGGCUAACAAUUCUUUAGACAAAUGGAUUUUCAAGAGAACUAAGGAUAAUGAUUGUCUUUUGGAUUGGCCUACGAGGUUCAACAUCGCUGUGGGUACUGCUAAAGGGCUAGCAUAUCUUCACGAGGAUUGUGAGGUGAAGAUUGUUCAUUGUGACAUAAAGCCCGAGAAUGUGCUUCUUGAUGAACAUUUUGAGGCAAAAGUAUCAGAUUUCGGGUUAGCCAAGUUGAUGUCAAGGGAGCAAAGCCAUGUUUUCACCACACUUCGAGGCACACGUGGGUAUCUUGCUCCUGAAUGGAUAACAAACUACGCGAUCUCAGAGAAGAGCGAUGUUUAUAGCUACGGGAUGGUUUUGCUUGAGAUUAUUGGCGGAAGGAAAAACUAUGAUCCUUCACUUUCCUCCGAGAAAUCCCAUUUUCCGGCCUAUGCGUUCAAGAUGAUGGAGGAAGGGAAGCUAAGAGAAAUCCUUGAUUCGAGCCUAAAAUACGACCCUAAUGAAGAGAGUGUGCAAACCGCGAUUAAGGUUGCAUUGUGGUGUAUACAAGAAGACAUGUCAGUGAGACCUUCUAUGACCAGAGUUGUCCAAAUGCUUGAGGGGAUCUCCCAUGUUCCUGACCCUCCUACAUCUUCUUUGACGGGUGCAAGGCUAUUUUCGAGCUUCUUCAAGUUAUCAAGCGGUGAUGGCACCGGAACAGGGAGUUCAUCUGGACCAUCCGAUUGCAACAGCGAUGCUUACCUAUCGGCUGUCCGGCUCUCAGGGCCAAGAUAGCUGAUGCAUAUACAAGGAUCUUUCUUAUUUUGUAUCUUCUUGUAUAUAGUAAUACAAUUCAGUAGAGAAAAUCACAAUUUUGUUGCACAUUGUCAUUUGUUACAUUUUCUUGCAUGAAACAUGUUGUUUGUAACAUAGAUUAUCAUUAUAUGAGAAUAGUUUGUUACGUGCUGGUAAA